UCUUUUCAUGUUUAUCUGUGUCUGUAACAGUUGUUGUUGGAGAGGGAUCUACCUGUGGAUACCGUUUAUUGGGACUGUCCAAAAUUUUCUGGACCAGAAUCUUAUCAGAGCCUUCCAAGUGUUUACACAGUGUAUCAUCCUGAGCCAGCCAGGCGGAUAUGCAUGGACAAACCUAUUUCCUACAGCCACGUUAUUCCCAGCAGUGGAGCAUACAGACCAGUGCAGGCUGAGAGUGGCGAGUAUUUUUACUGCCCUCCUCAACGGUGGCUGAACAACUUGCAUCAUGGAGCUACAGUUUUGCUGUACCAUCCCUGUGCUCCGCUCCGUGAGCGGCUUGUCCUGUCAGCUCUUGCACGCUCCUGUCUGUCUGACUACAUCCUUACAUCACACCCACAGCUCAAUAAAACCAGACCUGUGGUGUUAGUGUCCUGGGGUUGCACCCUGGAAAUUUCCAGCGUGGCCUCUUCAGAUGUCUGUGACUGGCUCAAGGCUGCAACACCCACAGGAAAGAAAUCCAGCACUGUGAGCCAGAAGAGGAAAUACAACCUGCUGUUAACCUGGUCAGCAGAACAACACAAACCAAAAAUGAAGGAGCCCGUGAGGCAGUGCUGUCAGCAGAUCAUCUCAUCUCUCCCAACUGAGAGUAAGAGAGAAACGUUUGACUCCAGAAUGAAGGAAAGAAACUUUAAAGAGGAAGGUAAAAUCAGACGGAGGAGAGCUGUACCCAAACAGAACAAUAGCAGAAUGGUUCCAUCACAACAUGCACUUAUAGAGAGGAAGACCACAAAAACCUCCUCUGCUGCUCAUCCUAAGAGCCAAAAUAUGAAUGUUUUUCCCACAUCUGGAUUACUGUUCAAUAUGUCAGCUGAUGGCAGUGAGUCUAGUCUGGAGUCACAGACUGAAGCACUGCAGCCCAGUUCGAGAAAUCCAGACGUCAGCAAACCAAACCAGAUGAAGGACAAUGAUGUUGUAGACGUCAAAGAGAGGGAGGUGGACCAUAAGGAGCCACAGAGUACUACACACCCUCACAACAAAAAUAUCGGCUUUAACUCUGUCCUCAAACCUCAGUCUGAGUUUCCAGCCAAUCCAGAACAGCACCCAAACCCACAGCCUGACAGCUACCUUCAGAACGGGCAGAACUGCUACGCUUGUGAUGCAGGCGAGCAUUGUAAAUGUGAACCAAGCUCAGGAGCCGAGGUCCAGGCUUCUGUUGGCAGUAACAUUUUAUCGAGGACCCAGAAGACAGAUGAGGCCGUGUGGGCAGCAGUGGCACUGGGCUUCCUGCUGGUUCUGCUGGCCUUAUCGGUGCUUCACACACGUCUGUACCGCAACUGGAGGACCAUGCCCAGCCUUUAUUGGCACGACCCACGGCAGGACUACGACAGCGUGGCAGAUGUAAUCCGAAGGAGACUUCGACUUGCUAAGAGGAGGCGGAAAAGGAGCAGAAGACAGGAAUGUGUUCUGCUGCCCAGCUCCUCCAGCUCAGAUGAUACUCAGUAAAAAUAAAGAACGUAAUAAAUAUCAAGAAGGAGCCCAGGUAGCAGCUCAUUAGGACAGCUGUCUUUAUAAUUAAGAGAACACACAGCAUGGAACUCCUUCCUCGAACCACCUGGGAAGGAUUUGCUGGAUAAUCUGAGAGCUGGAGAUGUAGCCGCAAGAUCGUUUAAAUCCUGUGAUCCUCAGUGACUGUGCAAAAGUUGUUUUGAUGAAGAAUCUUCUGUAAAUAAUACUGCAUUUGGAUGUGGACCAUUGUUGCAUCUUUUUUUUUUUCUUGUAUUACUUGUGAUAGAGUCAGUAUUGGCUAAAAAAAAAAAUCACACAGGUACUGCUGGCUAUAUAAUUUCUCAUGAAGUCUUUGCUGUUCUUUUCUAAGGCCACUAGAUGGCAAUAUUUUUUAAAGGGUUGAAUCAAACUGGGCUCGGUAUACAGAGGCCAUGUCCUUUGAGAAUGAUCUUGUUCAAGACUGUUGUUUUUCAUGACAUUUUAUCUAUAUUUUGUUUUAUACUUGGAUAAUUUGUAGUAAUACUGCUGGAGGAGUUUCCCCACGGUGAAGGUUUUGAUAUUUGAAUAUGUGCUGUAAGUUGCUGUUGUAAGCAACUUUAGUGACCAAGCUGCUGUUUUUAGUAGUUUAGAAAAUGGAUUUGAAGUUGGAUUAAAAUACAUGAUCUAGGGUAUGAUGUAUAAACUGAUUUUAUGUGGAUCAUGUUUUCUCAUCAUUUCUUACCUACUGACUCAGAUUACAUUGAAAAGAUUUCUUACACUAGUUUGGAGUGAGAAAACAAAAAAA